AUGGCUAAAAUUACGUUCGGAAAAUUGUGCUUUCUAAUUAAUAUUCUGACUGCCUGUGCUGUGAUCGCACAGGCACAGGAAGAUGACACCGGUGCUAUGAUGACUAAGUUGUGUAACUUUGAUAAACCGCUAAUAGAUCCAACCGACGAUGCUGGUGGCAAGUAUUGUGACUGUGAUGUGGAAAAUUCGCCUCCAUGGGGAAUCCCAGUGGUAGUUAUUAGCUGCCAGGAUCAUCACCUACAAAAUGACAUUUUCCAGGCAGAAGUUUUACCGCAAGCAACCAUCAGAUUGGAUUUCUCGUACAAUAAGUUCACGUCGAUUCCAAACUUCAGCGGUGAUAAAUUGAAAUAUCUUAGUAUGCGCAACAACAAGAUAACAACUUUGCAAGAUAAGAACUUUGUCAAUAUUUCCAGCCUGGUGGAGCUGGAUUUAAGUGAAAAUGAAAUCGCGCUUAUCAACAGCAAUGCAUUUGAAGGAUUGAAAAUACUUCGCAAACUGAACCUAGCUGAAAAUCAAAUCAAAACGAUUCAGCCCAAUGCGUUCUCUCCGUUUAACCAUUUGGAACAUUUGGUGCUGUCGAACAAUCCUUUGGAUUAA